GCCCAGGGGGACCAGCCCCCCAUUGGGUGGAAUCUUUCGAGAAGGCUCGAGAAGAAGGAAGCGGAAGUGGCACGUGGAGGGGCCGGUGGAGGCGCCGGUGAGUAAAUGCCGCAGAUUCUGGAAAGUUCUCAUCAGUGCGAUACAUAAAGCCUUGGGACCUCCCCCUUUGGGUCGGUCUCGAGCACCGCGCCGGGGAGCCGAGCGGCUGGCACAUCUCGCGGAUCCCGCCUGCGGCCGCCGAUCGCCUCUUCCUCCCGCGGCCCCUCUAGCGCGGCCGAGCCCCCGCCUUCCCCCGGGCGGUGCCGGAGCAGCCUUGUCCCUGCGUCGCGGCGCCCAGCGAGAGCGGCCCGAGCCCGCGGCGGCAACUCGGCAGACGGGAGCGGACGAUCCAAGCCGGCCAUGUCGGUGGUGGGGCUGGACGUGGGCUCGCAGAGCUGCUACAUCGCCGUGGCCCGAGCCGGCGGCAUCGAGACCAUCGCCAACGAGUUCAGCGACCGGUGCACCCCAUCAGUCAUAUCGUUUGGAUCCAAAAAUAGAACAAUUGGAGUUGCAGCCAAAAAUCAGCAAAUCACUCAUGCAAACAAUACAGUGUCUAACUUCAAGAGAUUCCAUGGCCGAGCAUUCAGUGACCCUUUCAUUCAAAAGGAGAAAGUGAAUUUAAGUUAUGACUUGGUUUCAAUGAAAAAUGGUGGAGUUGGAAUAAAGGUUAUGUACAUGGAUGAAGAGCAUUUAUUUAGUGUGGAACAGAUAACUGCCAUGCUUUUGACUAAGUUAAAGGAAACUGCUGAAAACAACCUCAAGAAACCAGUGACAGACUGUGUUAUUUCAGUCCCUUCUUUCUUCACGGAUGCAGAGAGACGAUCUGUAUUGGAUGCUGCUCAGAUUGUUGGCCUGAACUGCCUAAGGCUUAUGAAUGACAUGACAGCUGUUGCUUUGAAUUAUGGAAUUUAUAAGCAGGAUCUCCCUGGCCCAGAAGAUAAACCUCGGGUGGUGGUUUUUGUUGAUAUGGGACAUUCGGCCUUUCAAGUUUCUGCCUGUGCUUUUAACAAGGGAAAAUUGAAGGUACUGGGAACUGCUUUUGAUCCCUUCUUGGGAGGAAAAAACUUCGAUGAGAAGUUAGUGGAACAUUUUUGUGCAGAAUUUAAAACUAAGUACAAAUUGGAUGCAAAGUCUAAAAUUCGAGCUCUCCUUCGUCUGUAUCAAGAGUGUGAAAAAUUGAAAAAGCUAAUGAGCUCUAACAGCACGGACAUACCACUGAAUAUUGAGUGCUUUAUGAAUGACAAAGAUGUUUCGGGAAAGAUGAACAGGGCACAAUUUGAAGAACUCUGUACUGAUCUCCUGCAACGGAUUGAGAAUCCUCUUAAAUUACUGAUGGAACAAACUGAGCUCAGAAUAGAAGAUGUGAGUGCCGUUGAGAUUGUUGGAGGCACUACACGAAUUCCAGCUGUGAAAGAAAAAAUUGCCAGAUUUUUUGGGAAGGAUAUUAGCACUACCCUCAAUGCAGAUGAAGCAGUCGCCCGAGGUUGUGCACUACAGUGCGCAAUCCUUUCUCCAGCGUUUAAGGUCAGAGAAUUUUCUGUCACUGAUGCAGUCCCUUUUCCAAUAUCAUUGGUAUGGAAUCAUGAUUCAGAAGAACCUGAAGGUGUUCAUGAGGUGUUCAGUCGCAAUCAUGCUGCACCUUACUCUAAAGUUCUCACCUUUCUGAGAAGGGGGCCUUUUGAGCUUGAAGCUUUCUAUUCUGAUCCUACGGGAGUUCCAUAUCCAGAAGCAAAAAUAGGUCGGUUCAUAGUUCAGAAUGUUUCUGCGCAGAAAGACGGGGAAAAGUCUCGAGUGAAAGUCAAAGUGCGGGUCAAUACCCAUGGCAUCUUCACCAUCUCCACGGCAUCGAUGGUGGAGAAAGUUCCCGCUGAGGAGAGUGAAGUGGAGUCUGACAUGGAAUGUCAGAAUGAGAGACAACCUGAAAACUCGGACUCGGAUAAAAAUAUCCAGCAAGACAACAGUGAAGCUGGAGCACAGCCCCAGGUACAAACUGAUGGCCACCAACCCUCACAGUCUCCCCCUUCACCUGAACUUACCUCAGAAGAAAACAAAACCCCUGAUGCUGACAAAGUUAAUGAAAAGAAAGUUGACCAGCCUCCAGAAGCUAAAAAAGCCAAAAUAAAGGUGGUGAAUGUUGAACUACCAAUAGAAGCCAACUUGGUCUGGCAGUUAGGGAAGGACCUUCUUAACAUGUACAUUGAGACAGAGGGUAAGAUGAUAAUGCAGGAUAAAUUGGAAAAGGAGAGAAAUGAUGCUAAAAAUGCAGUGGAGGAAUAUGUUUAUGAGUUCAGGGACAAGCUGUGUGGACCUUAUGAGAAGUUCAUAUGUGAACAGGAGCAUCAGAAGUUUUUGAAACUCCUCACGGACACUGAAAACUGGCUCUAUGAAGAAGGAGAGGACCAAGCUAAACAAGCCUAUGUGGACAAGCUGGACGAGUUGAUGAAAAUUGGCACUCCGAUUAAAGUCCGAUAUCAAGAAGCUGAGGAACGACCGAAAAUGUUUGAAGAACUAGGUCACAGGCUGCAGCAUUAUGACAAGAUAGUGAAUGACUUCAGAAAUAAGGAUGAGAAAUACAACCAUAUUGAUGAGUCAGAAAUGAAAAAGGUUGAUAAGUCUGUCAAUGAAGUAAGGGAGUGGAUGAAUAAUGUCAUGAAUGCUCAGGCUAAAAAGAGUCUUGAUUCAGAUCCAGUUGUACGUGCUCAAGAAAUAAAAGCAAAAAUAAAAGAGUUAAAUAACACUUGUGAACCUGUUGUAACACAACCAAAACCAAAAAUUGAAUCACCCAAACUGGAAAGAACUCCUAAUGGUCCAAAUACUGACAAAAAAGAAGAAAAUGUAGAAGGCAAAAAUAGUUUUGGUGCUGAGCCUCCUCAUCAGAACGGUGAAUGUUACCCUAAUGAGAAGAGUUCUGUUAAUAUGGACUUGGACUAGAUAACAUUAAACUGGCUUAGUUCUUCAAUUAAUAAAAUAUUUUUGCCAUAGUACCUGAUUCUACAUAACAUAUGAAGACUAUUUAUAUUUUCUUUUUUUAAGGAUGUUUAGAAAAUUUGUGUAUUAUAUGGAAAAAGAAAAAGCUUAAGUCUGUAGUCUUUACAAUCCUAAAAGGGAAAAUUGCCUUGGUAACUUUCAGAUUCCUGUGGAAUUGUGAAUUCAUACUAAGCUUCUGUGCAGUAUUACCAUUUGCAUCACUGAGGAUGAAAUUGACUUUUGUCUUUUGGAGAAAAUAAUCUGUACUGCUUGUUCAAGAGGGCUGUAAUUAAAAUCUUUAAGCAUUUGUUCUUGCCAAGGUAGUUUUCUUGCAAUUUGCUCUCCAUUUCAGCAUGUGCGUGGGUGUGGGUGUUUAUAAACAAGACUAAGUCUGAUUUCAUAAGGGCUUUCUAAAAUUAAUUCUGUCUAAUAGAAUAUGGGGUUGUUUUUUUUUUUUUGCUUUGAUAUUAAAAUCCAUUUGGUAAAGCAUCAAAGCUAGUGUAAUGUGUUAGCAGCAUGCAGAACAUAAACUUUAAAAUAUAUCUCUGCUUAAACAGUACAUUGUCGUGUGAAGAUAUAGAAUGGAAGAAAUGAUGAUUGUAACUGACAUUGUGAAGCCUUCUAUGAGCUUUAAAAUAAAGUUCAUCUUAUGGUGUCAUUUCUAAA